AUGAGACAAUCAGAGUAUAAAAAGAGAUUUGACCCUGAAUUGGGUAGUUUUACAAAACAACAUAUUUAUGGCGAAGGAAUAACUGAUGUGUUUAAAUCGUUUGGAUCAAAAUUAUUUGGAAAGACAAUUAAAAAAGCCGCUAAAAAAGGCGUUGAAAAAGCAGUGACAGCAGCUGCAACAAAAACCGGUGAACAUGUUGGCAAAAAGGCCGGUGAUAAGAUAGUGCAAAUGUUAUCAAACGGGGGGGUUGCACCCCCCCGAAAACCCCCUGCAAAAAAAGUUACUUUUAAUAAAAAUGUCGGGGUGGUAUCUCAACAAGAGAUAGAUCAAAUGUUGAAUAAUCUUCUUAGUGGAGGUUCAACACGUAAGAGAAAAUUAUAUAAUUAUUAAAAUAAAAUGAAGUCUUUUAGAAAUCCAAAAUAUUUAGACAGAUAUGAAGACGUUGUUUAUGACCUGGAACAGACUUUAGACGCUGCUCCAGCAAAUGACGCUCACCAAACUAAAACAGGUCUUAGAUUUGUAGCUGAUAAUACAGGAGAAUCCACUCCUUUUGAUUGGUAUAACGCACGAUUAUCAAUGGAUUUUAAAGUAAAUAAGCUGGCAGAUGGAGGAAAUAUAGCAGUUGCUGACCAUAAUGGAAUUGUAAAUGGUAGUAACUCUUUUAUAGAGAAAUUAAGUAUCCUAGCAAAUGGUCGAGAAGUUUAUAGUUGUAAUUAUGCGAAUCAUGUUGUAAAUAUUAAGAAUUUACUCGAAUAUAAUCCUUCAUAUGCCCAGAGUGUUGCUACAAACGAAUUUUAUUUUCUUGAUACUUCAAGAGCGGCAGAGGAAAGACCUGCUCAAGCAACUUAUAAUAAAGGUUUUCAUAGUAGGAAAUUACUAUUAGGCGCAUCAGCCACAGUAAACUGUGAAAUUCCUCUUAAUAGAUAUUCUUUCUUUGAAGCAUUGGAAGAUAAACUACUUCCUAAUACAAAAAUUGAGUUAAAUAUCGAGAUUGAAAAAGAUGCGAAUUUAAUUUUUAAAGCUGCUGAUGAUUGUAGAGUUAUUAUAACAAGACUACAACUUUUUAUUCCAAAACUUACGUUUAAUUCAGAAGGACAAAAGUUGUACAUGGAUAAUUAUCUUAAACCUUACAAAUGGACAUAUUUGAAUGAGGUGGUUGAAAGGUCAAAUAAUACACAGCAACAGACAGGACAUUUUAGAAUUACAAAUGCUAUUUCAAAACCGCGGCAUGUAUUUGUUUUUGGAAUUGAUACAGCAAGAAUCGAUGCACAAACAGCAAAUCCAUUUUUAUACGAUACUUUUGAUUUACCAAAUAAUGCUAAUAUAUCAAGAUGUUACCUGGAAGUUGCAAAUGGAAACGAAUACCCCGAUAUUCACUUUAAACCUUCUACAGAUAUGUCAAGAGUUUUUAGAAAUGUAAUGUCAUACGUCUAUGCAAAUAAUGAUUAUCAAGGUGGAACCUUACUCAAUAGAAGUAAUUUCAAAACUUUAUUUCCUUUUGUGUAUUUUGAUUUGACUAAACAGAAAAUGGAUAUAAAAGAUGGAGUCACAAAACUAGCAUUUCAUUACGAAUUAACUGCUAAUCCAAACGCUGACUACAAUAUUUACGCGCUAGUCUUACAUGAAAGAAUAGCAGAAAUAUCACAACAAGAUGGAAAACUAUUGCUUAGAGCUUAAAUUAAGGGAAACCUACGUUGAUACAAACAUCCCUGCGUCAUUCCAGUUGCUUCAACGAGUAAGGAUGAUGAAAUUGUUAUGAGAACUGUUAAAACUUUUCUUCUUGUAAUCACGAAAAGAUAGAAUUUUAUGAUUGUUAUUAUUUUUUCACAUAUAUUUAUCACAAAUGUGAAAAAAUAUGUGUAAACCAUUUGAUUGGUUGAAAAAAAUCAUACGAUAAUCACGAGAUUAAAAAUAUUACGUAGCCCCCUAUAAGGGAAGGGUGUUAGGGGAACCGUAGGUUCCCCUUAUUAAAAUAUGAUGUAAUAUCACACGUUAAUCUCGUGAUUAAAGACAAUAACCUUCUAGAAGGUCACUAUGACAUAAUAUUUAGAUUUAGAAAAUAAAAUCUAAAUAUAUCACACCUAGAACAUUCAAAAGAUUAAGCGACGAGAUUGAAAUUAAUAUAAACAACAAAUAAAUAACAUGACUACUUAUAUUGAAUACGGAGUAAAACUUACAGAUGGCCAAAAGACAAAACUGGCUUCUGCGAUAAUAAAUCAAUCACCUUUGACUCUUCGGUUAAAACAUUCUAAUCUUCGAGGUUCUGAUGAGUUAAUGUUGACAAAAAGACAGAUUGCCAAAAUAAAUAAAUCUAUUGCAAAUGGCACAGGAUCUGAUAUAAAGAUAAGUAAAACUCAAAUUAGAAAAUCUGUAAAACACGGAGGAAACUUAUUUUCAUCACUUGCAUCUCUUGGAGCAAAAGUUCUUCCUUUCGCAAUAAAAGGAAUAAGUAAAGCUGUUCCCGCAUUAGCUACAGGAGCUGCCACUGCACUUGGUGAAAUAGGAUUAAAUAAAAUCUUCGGAAAGGGGGGACACUACGGUAUACCAAUUACACCAGAGUUUUUCCCAAUGCUACCGCCAAUUGUAAGAGAAUUUACCAAAUCACAAAUAAAUCAAAUUAACAAAGCUUAUCAAUCAGGAAGUGGAGUAGUUAUAAAACCAACUCGUAAACAGAUAGAAGGAGGAUUUUUAGGUACACUUGCUUCUAUAGGAAUUCCAUUAGCAGUUAGUUUAGUAUCUAAGAUGCUUGGAGGAGGACUUCAGGUUGACAGACGUGGGUCAUCUAAUACAGCAAAUGUUUACGUUCCACCCACAGAUGGGGGAGGUUAUCCAUAUCAAUCACCUCCUUUUAUUGGAACAUGGACCAACCCUAUAGGAAUGGGUGUUAAAAAAAAAAAGACCAAAGGCAAGGGUCUACUAUUAGGAAAAAACAGCCCAUUCAACUCAAUUCCCAUUCUAGGAACAAUUCUAUAAUGGGGGAAGCCCCCAAAACCCCCCUGCCCCAUUUCGAGAUUAAACCUCUUUCAAACUUUGACCUAAUGGAAUGGAUAAAAAGACUUGUUAUAAAAAAUUUCAGAGGAAUAUAUAGUCGUGAUGGAUUACCAGGGAAAAUUAGAAAAGAAUGCGGAAUAAUUAAUCUGGAUGAUAUUCAAGGUCCUGGAACACACUGGGUUUGUUAUAGAAAUGGGGAGAGUGGUUUGUAUGAGUACUUCGAUCCGUUUGGUCUGAUAAUGCCAAACGAAGUAUUAGACUAUUUUCACACGGGAUCUGUAAAACCUAUUGUGUACUCAAUGGAUGAAAUACAAAAUCGCAGCACUGUUCUAUGUGGAUAUUGGUGUUUAUAUUAUUUAUUCGAGAGACAAAAAGGUAAAGAUAUUCUAGAUGUAAUACAUAACCCACAUUUUGAUAAUGAUAACAGCGAUUUCAUACAGGAAUACUUUGUGGGGGGAUUGCACAAGCCCUUCGGGCGCCCCCCCAAAACCCCCCUGCUGUAAGAUUUAGAGAUAAGACGAUAAAAAUAAUAUUUAAUAAAUAUUAUUUUUUUAAUCUUCAUCUGGGGCAUUUUUUAGUGAUUUAACCCGCUCAACUUUUGUAUUUAGAUCUUUAACACUAUCAACUAUAUCUAUGAAAUUAGAGUAAAUAUCAAUAAGACGAUAAAGUUUCUUCUUUUUAUCACUAUUUAGUCCCAACCAAGAAUAUUCCUCGUUUCUUAUUUUUUUCCACAUCUCACAUUCACCAACCAUCAGAACUCUAGAAAGAUCUUCGUUUUUCUUUCUAAGAGACUCCAACUCAUGAUUUAUUUUUACUCUUACUUCUUUCUCGAAAUCCUUGAUUGUUUUAACAUCCAUAUUUUUUUCAAUCUCAGAAAAGAAUUUAGCUUCCAUUUAUUAUAUAAAUAGAUAAUUACCUUUUACAACUUUGUUAAGCGUAUUUGAUUUCUCACUUAUUUCCAUAAGUAGCUCAAAUACUUUUAUAAAUUUCGUAUCGUUUUCCAAUCUAGAAAAAUCAGCGUAUUCAUAACUCAUGUUUAGACUGUUGUAUAUCUUUUGAAGCUCACUUUUCAGAAAAUUAGAUCUAGUAGUCAUAAUUUUUAUCUAAACGUUAUAUAAAAUGAAAGAAACUUAUUGUAUCGUAGAUAAAAGAGUAACUCCUUGUACAGAGCCAAGUGGUUACCAACAAGAUAAAAGAGGUAGAACUCAAUUCUUUUGUAGAUGCGCAGUUUGUGGAAAUAAAAAAGUAAGAUAUGUAAAAAUGGGGAAUACUCCCAUGCAAACUGGAAGUGGAAAAAGAAAAACUAAAAAGAAGUCAAAAAACUAAUUAGCCCGUCUGAAGGGGCGGGCGUCUUUGAUACAGUUGUUGGUACAGCAGUUGAUGGAUUUGUACAUUACGGGCUUCCUUGGAUGGGUAAAAAAGCAGUUGAAAUGGGAAGGUAUUAUGGGUCAGAAGCGCUCAGAAACCCUAAAUUACAGAAAAAAGCAAUAAAUUAUGCUUUGGACAAAUUAAAUCCAAUGAUACAAAACGUAGGUUCUCAAGCUCUUGACCAAUUAUCAACCAAAAUACGACCAAAGAAAAACUACAAAACAAACAGAAAAGAUCUUGAUGGAAAAGGAAUAGAUAUUCACAAGCAGAUUGGUAAAUUACCAAAACCAAAAGGAGGAUGGACCUUGCCAGGACAUAAAUAUACCGGUCCUUAUAAUGAUCUUGAGAACCAAGUAAGUUAUGAUCCGGAAACCGGCGAAAUAUUAGAAAUUUAUGAUCAACCAACUGGGCCAACCGAUGCUGUUGCCAUGCAGCAUGAUGUUGAUUAUAGUGUUUGUGGG